AGAGGAGCCUAGGGACGAGGGGCGAAUGCCCUUGGGGAGGAGAGAGGUGCGGCGAGGACGCGAGGCAUCACGCAAGCUGCGCGGUGCCUGGGACGCAGCAGAAAUGCUAAGCAUCGGGAGCAGAGAGGGAACGUGAAUGAAAGUGCACUCUGCCUCGGUGCAGGGGCUCCGGGGUCACCCAGGACAGUGAUUUCCCCUCCUAUCCUGUCCUCCCAAUUAACACCCGAGAGACUGCAGGUCGGCGCGAGAGGCUGUUUGCAUCUCGGCCCGGGCGUAGGUCGCCUAGCGACCUAACGCCGAGGGCUCGGGGAAGGGAUCCCAGGCAGAGCCAAAAUGGAAGGCGGGACAAGGGCGGCCUGGCUGGGGCGAGGGGCUGGUCUGGGUCCUUGGGGACCCCUUGGCCUGUGGGCUUCGGUCUCCAGGGAGGAGAAAGGCAGCCGGGCUGCGGGGCCGCCGGACUGUGGGGUCCUCCUGGCAGAGAGACGGGAGGAGCGGUCGCCUGGGCUGUUGCGCUGCGCCUCCUCCAACUGCUGGGAAACUCCGCACUUCAGUAUUAGAGCAUCUCUUUCCUGGGCAGGUAGAAUUGGACAGCCUAAUGCUGCUAACCCCCAGUGGGCCAUAUAUUGGUACUAUAAAUUGAGUCUGUCAUUUGGAGAGACCAAUUUUGGGCAGGCAUCCAGGCAUUGUUCUGCAUCUCUGCAGUGUAUACGUGUUGUGCUGGUAGCCUGACAACCGUCCUUAACUGGUGGUGCCAAUAUGGUGGAAAGCAGGUAGUAUGCGUGUAUUGGGAUAAAUGUCUUAAUUCAUUAACAUAUUAUGACAACACGUAGUUAUAGCAGACUCAGUCAUUCCCUCCCCCAGAAGUUUUCUCUGAGGUCAGUUUAGUUGGUAUUUUGCCAAAGGCACACUCUUGUAUCUAUCUACAUUGGGAGGUAUUUCUCUCAUCUUAAUCUUUUUCAUAGGAAGAAGAAAUAAAUGUCUUCUCUCUAAGAUAUCACUGUCAAGAACACUGAAAGAAGAACCCAUUAAUGUAGGGAACGUUGAGAACUGGAACAGGCUGUAGGGCAUCUUUCCUACACUUCAGGUUAUAACUUCCAUUGCAUCACCACCAUUUACCGGUAAACCAGCACACACAGCAAUCAGUACUCGAAAUGGUCCUCUUUUGCAGAAAAAGCCUGCUUUUCUCCCAGCUUUGGUGAGAUAGAUAUGUAAUCUUCAUAAGGACCUAUAAGGAAUUCCUCUGUGGAACAAAAUUUUAAGCCUCCAGUGCAGGAUGCUAAAAGAAGCAACGCUUUAAUCUUGCCAGCCCAUACACAGUGAAGCUGAAGUGCUUCAAUUUACAGAUGUUUUACAUUUAGGAAGGCUUUUCCAACAAAGACCUACUGCAGUUACAUCACAGGCUCCACCUCCGCCUGCCAGCCUGCUUCUGCAAGCCUGUUAGUUAGGAUACUAUGUAUUGCUGUGCUUGAUUAAUGAAGAAAAGAAAUCUCCAAAUCAAAGAUUUAUUUAUUUCUCUUUUUGCGUUCUGCUGAUUUAAUUGAAAAAUAUGAAAAUUUCAAAAAUUAAUACUUGCAGCCAGGACUUAACUGAGGCGUGAUAAUAACUCUAUAAAUGUUAGCUUUCCAAGAGAUCUUAAGCAAAAUUACAGUAUUCUUUGUAAAAUCUUCGAUAAAUUGCAUUAGAAUAAAAAUUCUAUGAAAUUGGCAAAAUAAGUGAAAAUGUCAUAUAAUAAAUCAAGCAGCAUUUCUUAAAGCAUGUUACUGAGAGGUUCAGAAAGAAACCCAGUUACAUUAACAGAUAUGAAAUCUGGAUGAUUGAGAAGUUUGCAGAGCUUGCACACAAAUCUCCAGGUGACUUAAAGGAAGUGUUCUCCGAGUCCUCUGAGAAUGUUUAACAAAUCACUGUUAGGGUGUCCAGAUUUAGCAAAUACAAUUGUGGGCUGCCCAGUUAAAUUUGAAUUUCAGAUAAAUAGUGAAUUAUUGUUUUUACCUAUGUCCCAUGUAAUAUUUGGUACGUACUUAUACUACAAAAUAUUAUUAGUUGUUUAUCCCAAAUUCAGUUUUGACUGGGCAGCCUGUAUUUUUCUGGCAACCCUAGUUACUGGAAAUGUUUCAUUCCUCCUUUUUGGGUCAUUUGUGGGUUGAAAAAAUAAAGUGGAGCAGAAAUCAUAUGCUCUUCUGCAGACAAUCUGGGACAAGCUCAGUUCUGGUUCAAGCUUUUGAAAAUAACUCAUGCUUAAAAGUGAACAGUUUCACUUGAACACAUAUUGGUUGGGUAUCUCUGCUUGCUAGACUUAGUGGAAGGUGCCAAGAAUGCAAAGACGACAAGGGGAAAUGGGGCAGGGGGAGGGAUCUGCAUCAUAAUUUCUAGGAUUUGUUGUGCCAGGAGUGUGUGUUUAUGAUGGUGGUGGAGGGGCGUGUCUACUGUAGGAGCCUAGGAGAGGCACUGAACUAUGCUGGGCAGCUGUAGUCAGGGAGUGAGAUGCCUAGCAGUUUUGACAGGACUGGCCUUGAAUAAAAGAGCAAGAUCUUAUCCUGGGAGAAAAUGAGGGAAAAAAAUCUCUGUGUUAAUAGCUAGUAGAGUAGUGCUAGAAGUUGAAGGAUUUGAUCUGAUAGCCUCAGUGAGAGGACAGAGUGGCCUGCUGAGAAUGAGGGAAGGGAGGGGGAUUCUGAAAGAAAGAUUUUAAAUAGUCGCCAAUGGGAAUGGAAAAGAGAGCUGAAAAGGGACAAGGGCAGGAAUUGGCAAAUGGUACUUAGGUGAAUGGACCUCAGUGCAUUUAAAAUAGCAAUUGAUCUGCUGUUGACUCAUACCCUAAGUGCUAGUUUACUAUUCUAUUACCAUCCUGGUCUCAGGUAAAAAGUCAUCAUCACACAAUACUGGAAUAUAUCAUUUAA